AUGAAGAUCCGUGGACGAGCCCGCAUCUCUAGUCUUACUCCUCUUGGAAAGCGUGUAGCCUUCGCCCAAAUACAGGAAAUUGGUCACUGUCAAGUGAGAACCAACUACGGGCUGAUUGAGGGAAAGCGUUAUGUCACACGCAAAGGUUUCGAGACCGAUUGUUUCCUGGGUGUUCCCUUUGCGAAGCCACCUGUUGGAGAGCUACGUUUCAAGGAGAUGUCAGGAUUAUUUCAGAAGCCACAGCGUCUGGACCCGUGGGAAGGGGUGCGAAAGUGCAAGCGAUUCGGGUAUCGCUCGAUACAGGACGAUAUGUUCUGGGAUAAAUUCGUCAUCUCCACUCCGCAGAGCGAGGAUUGCCUUUAUUUGAAUAUAUUUGCUCCUGCAAUCGAUCCAUUUAAGAGUUAUCCUGUGAUGUUCUACAUCCAUGGAGGUGGCUUCAUGAUGGAUUCUGCUGUGCGAUUCAAACCUGAGAAUGUGCCACGACUUCUGGUGCGCCAUGGCGUCAUCGUUGUUACCAUUCAGUACCGGCUGGGAUACCUCGGCUAUUUUUGCACCGGUGACGAUCUCGCGAAGGGAAAUUACGGCCUUUGGGAUCAACUUGAGGCAAAAAUAUGGAUUAAUAAAAAUUAUUCUGCACUUCGAUGGACCAAGGAGAAUAUCCACCAUUUCGGUGGCGAUCCUAACAGGAUCACUGUAGCAGGCCAGAGUGCUGGCGCAGUUUCUGCCGACCUCCUGUCGAUGUCUCCACUUUCACGAGAUAUGUUUCAUCGAAAGAUUCUUAUGGGAGGUAGCACAUUUUGUUAUUGGGCAACGACUACUAAAGAAAAGGCAGCUGAGUAUUGCCGACAAAAAGCCCUUAAACUCGGUUGGAAGCCCGCAAAAGGUGUUCUAAAAAUUUGUUCUUGUUCUAGACUCACGCUAGGGAUGCACAUGAUUGGCAAUCAAGUUUUCUUCAACGAGGCUCGUCUUCCUCUUACGCCAGUGGUUGAUGGGGAAAUCCUCCCAAAACCAAUUUCUCAGCUCCGAGCAGAAGCACCUCCAAUGGAAUCCAUCAGCGGUGUUGGUCAAGAAGAGUCACUACUUUUCAUUGCGCUAGGAGCCAUCCGUGGUACCGAGAAAGACAUGGAGAAAGUCAUUCAUGAACUAGCUCGAAAAACACCACUGAAAAUCGCUGAAGUCAAGGAAUUAGUCAAUCGACUGUACGGUGACAUCUCAGAAUUACGAAAGGACAAGAAAGCAAUGCAGAAAGCCUAUGCCACUUGCACCUCGGAUAUUUUCGCAAAUUAUGGCUGCUAUCGCUACAUGAUGGACAGCCGACGACACGACAAACCGACCUUCGGCUAUUAUUUCGGUUACACAAGUCGGAAUAUGUGGGGUUGGUUAGCGACGAGGAUUCCCUUCCUGGCUGGAACGCACUCGUCCGAAAUUAUUUACUUGUUCGACUGCAACUAUUUCGUAGCUCCGCUACCCAUGACGGAAACUGAUAGGAAGAUCAGCAAACUGACCAGUCAAUGCUUCAUGGAGUUCGUAAAGAAUGGGAAUCCCAACGCACCAAGUCUACCCUUCAGUUGGGAACCAAUCUCUAAAAAUGGAGAGUUACGCUUGCUGAAGUUUUGCGAGCAGCCACUCAUGAUUGAAAAGGUUUUCGAUAGUCGCAUGGAGAAGCUUGAAAGGGAACUGAAGAAAUUCAUUCCCAAAGAUUGCUCCAACACUUGCUGA